CAACUGACCCACGUAGUGACGUCAUCCAAGAUUUGACACGUCGCUGGCAAACGUAAACAUGGAUGGACAGUUGUUGGAACCCACACUCUACACUGUCAAGGGGAUGGCCAUCCUUGACAACGAUGGCAACAGAAUCCUGGCAAAGUACUACGACAAGAACAUUUUCCCAACUUCGAAGGAGCAGAAGGCCUUCGAGAAGAAUUUGUUCAAUAAGACUCACAGGUCGAACACAGAGAUCAUUAUGUUGGAUGGAAUGACGUGUGUCUACAGGAGUAAUGUUGAUCUGUAUUUUUAUGUCAUGGGAAGUUCCCACGAGAAUGAGCUGAUCCUCAUGAGUGUUCUCAACUGUCUCUACGACUCUGUAAGUCAAAUACUGAGAAGAAAUGUCGAGAAAAGAGCUGUUUUGGAUAGUCUAGACAUUGUUAUGCUGGCGAUGGAUGAAAUUUGCGAUGGAGGUAUUAUUCUCGACGCGGAUGCGGCCAGUGUCGUCCAGAGGGUGGCCCUGCGCACAGACGACAUUCCCCUCGGUGAACAAACCGUCGCACAGGUCUUUCAGUCUGCCAAGGAACAACUCAAGUGGUCCCUAUUGAAAUGAAAUUUUUCAGUUUUCUAUUUUGAAAUUAUAAUGUUCCAAAUUUUAUUUUGUAAUUAAUAAGAAGAUAAUGACUGUCUAAAUAUCAAUAAAUCGAAGUAUUAAUGGAAAUAUUGUUAAAUAUUUCCUUA